UUGACUAUCUCCUAUCACUCAGGCUCAUUGAUUUCUUACCAACCCCCUUUUUAUAUGCCAUCUUGUAGAGAAGGGCAGCAGCAACAUACACUAGCUUUCUUCCCUUCUUCCCAUUUCAUUCAUCCUUCAACAACCAAGAGUUUCAUUGGUUUUGCUAGAGAGUAAAAGCCUGGAAGCGGAAAUCAUCAUGCCAGAUACAUUGACAGAAGAUCAAAUUGCCGAGUUUCGUGAAGCCUUUUGCCUGAUUGAUAGAGAUUCAGAUGGCUUCAUUACCAUGGAAGAAUUGGCAACAGUGAUCCAAACGUUAGAUGGAAACCCCACAAAAGAAGAAGUUCAAGACAUGAUUAGUGAGGUUGAUGUUGAAGGAAACGGGAACAUUGAUUUUGAAGAUUUCUUAAAUAUUAUGGCAAGAAAAAUGAAGGAAAACGUGGCCGAUGAACUAAAAGAAGCUUUCAAAGUAUUCGACAGGGAUCAAGAUGGAUUUAUAUCAGCAAAUGAGUUGAGACAAGUAAUGAUGAAUUUGGGAGAAAGACUGACAGUGGAAGAAGCAGAACAAAUGAUCAGAGAAGCAGACUUGGAUGGCGAUGGACUUGUCAGCUAUGAGGAGUUUGCCAGGAUGAUGAUGGCCUUCUGAAAUGAAUGGAAACCUGAAACUGACUUUGGAAUUGUAAAUUUGCACCUUCUUUCUUUCUUUCUUUUCUUUGUUGGACAUAUUUCUGUCCCUUGGUGGGCAGCUCGUACUAUCGUUGUUAAUUACUACUACUACUACUACGCCUAAAAGAACAGUUGUACCGCAAAUAAUUGUAAGCAUACUUAUUACAAUAUAAUGAUGAAUGAUAAGACAAUUUUCAGGUCUACAUAGA